UUAAAACCACCCUACAAAAUUCAUUGGCGAACACAUUAUUUAUGCUCAUUAGCCAUUGAAAGGCUCUGUAACUGAAGCUACUAGACACUGAAAAAUUGCGAUGAGGAAGUGGACGAUCGCUUCCGCUUUGCUUCUGUUAUGUCUUUUUUCUCUCAUUUCAGAUCAAGGCCGGAAUAUACACGCAAAUGCUGAAGCUGAUUCGGAGAAUCCCGUAGAUCCUCCUAAAAUUGAGGAGAAACUCGGUGCUGUUCCUCAUGGUUUAUCCACUGAUUCUGAUGUUGUUAAGAGGGAAUCUGAGUCGAUUUCUAAAAGAUCAAUCCGUGCUGACGCGGAGAAAUUUCAGUUCCAAGCUGAGGUGUCUCGGCUUAUGGAUAUCAUUAUCAACUCUCUUUACAGUAACAAAGACAUUUUCCUGAGGGAGUUGAUUUCCAAUGCAUCUGAUGCGCUAGACAAAAUCAGGUUCCUGUCCCUCACUGAUAAAGAGGUUCUAGGCGAAGGUGAUAAUACCAAGCUUGACAUUCAGAUUAAACUGGACAAAGAAAAGAGAAUUCUUUCGAUUCGUGAUAGAGGUAUUGGUAUGACAAAGGAUGAUUUGAUCAAGAACUUGGGAACCAUAGCAAAGUCUGGAACUUCAGCAUUUGUGGAGAAAAUGCAGACAAGUGGAGACCUGAAUCUAAUUGGACAGUUCGGUGUUGGAUUCUAUUCUGUGUAUCUGGUUGCUGACUAUGUUGAAGUCAUCAGUAAACAUAACGACGAUAAACAGUAUGUGUGGGAAUCAAAGGCUGAUGGAGCAUUUGCAAUCUCUGAGGACACAUGGAAUGAACAGUUGGGACGUGGAACAGAAAUUAGACUUCAUCUUAAAGAUGAAGCAGGAGAAUACUUGGAAGAGAGUAAAUUGAAAGAGCUGGUGAAGAGGUAUUCUGAAUUCAUCAACUUCCCCAUCUAUUUAUGGGCAAGUAAAGAAGUUGACGUGGAAGUUCCUGUUGAUGAAGAUGAAGCAAAUGAUGAAGAGGAAAAAACUGAAAGCAGCUCCACUGAGGAAGAAGAGGAAUCUGUGAAAGAUGAAGACGAGGAUGCAGAGGUAAAACCAAAGACUAAAAAGGUGAAGGAAACUACCUAUGAGUGGGAACUCUUGAAUGAUGUUAAAGCUAUAUGGCUGCGAAAUCCGAAGGAGGUGACAGAUGAAGAGUACACAAAGUUUUAUCAUUCUCUAGCAAAGGAUUUCGGUGAUGAGAAGCCUAUGGCUUGGAGUCAUUUUACAGCAGAAGGCGAUGUGGAGUUUAAGGCUGUUUUGUUUGUGCCUCCAAAGGCUCCUCAUGAUCUUUAUGAAAGUUAUUACAACGCUCAAAAAUCCAAUUUGAAACUUUAUGUCAGACGUGUUUUCAUCUCAGACGAGUUUGAUGAGCUUUUGCCUAAAUAUCUGAACUUUUUGAAGGGUCUUGUUGAUUCCGACACUUUACCACUCAAUGUUUCUCGAGAAAUGCUCCAACAACACAGCAGCUUGAAAACAAUUAAGAAGAAACUUAUCCGUAAGGCCCUUGAUAUGAUCCGUAAAAUAGCCAAGGAAGAUCCAGAUGAGGUUAAGGACAGUGACAAGAAAGAUGUUGAGGAAUCAAGUGACGAUGAGAAGAGAGGUCAAUAUGCAAAAUUCUGGAAUGAGUUUGGCAAGUCCAUAAAGCUUGGUAUCAUUGAAGAUGCAACCAACAGAAAUCGAUUAGCAAACCUUCUCAGAUUUGAGAGCUCAAAGUCCGAUGGUAAACUGACUUCACUUGAUCAGUAUAUUUCAAGAAUGAAGUCAGGGCAAAAGGAUAUCUUUUACAUUACUGGAUCAAACAAGGAACAAUUGGAAAAAUCUCCAUUCCUUGAAAGACUCAACAAGAAAGGCUAUGAGGUCAUUUUCUUCACAGAUCCAGUUGAUGAAUACCUGAUGCAAUAUUUGAUGGAUUAUGAAGGCAAACAUUUUCAGAAUGUGUCCAAAGAGGGUCUAAAACUUGGCAAAGACUCAAAAGCCAAGGAGCUAAAGGAAUCAUUCAAGGAUCUUACCAAGUGGUGGAAAGGUACCCUUGCCAAUGAAAAUGUGGAUGAUGUGAAGAUAUCCAACCGUUUGGAUAAUACACCUUGUGUAGUAGUUACAUCUAAGUACGGAUGGAGUUCCAACAUGGAGAGAAUCAUGCAAUCCCAGACUUUAUCAGAUGCUAGCAAGCAAGCAUAUAUGCGCGGCAAGAGGGUGUUGGAGAUCAACCCCAGACACCCUAUCAUCAAGGAGCUUCGCGAGAGAGUAGUAAAGGACUCUGAGGAUGAAAGUGUGAAGCAAACAGCGCAGCUCAUUUAUCAAACAGCUCUACUAGAGAGUGGCUUCAUGCUGGAGGAUCCUAAGGAUUUUGCCUCCCGUAUUUACAGCUCGGUGAGAACUAGUCUCGACAUCAGUCCAGAUGUAAGUGUUGAGGAGGAAGACGAUGUUGAAGAAACUGAAACUGAAACCGAAGCGGAAACAAAAGACAAUUUCAAGGGUGAAACUGAAGAUUCCAAAGAUGAUGAGGAUACUGAACCAUCUGAAGCCAAGGAUGAGUUGUAGAUUGCCCUAAGCACGGGUCAUUUUAGUCACUCGCUUGAGUAAGGUUGAAACAGCUGCAUUGUGCAAUUUUUUUCAAUUUGUCAAACUUGGAGAACUCUAGCUUGUAGUGUUAAUGUAAUCAUAAAAUCAAGAAUUUUGCCUUUAGCAUCUAAUCCACGACCCUUGUAGUAUUCAA